GAUCCUGGGCAAGUUGAGUUUGGUACCAAGUGGCAGCUGGGCUGCGGGGCUCGGGUAGGAGAUGGAGAAGGAUGAGAUCCACCUGCGCAGGCUGCCGGCCGCCGCGCCCUGGGGACCGCACGCAGACAGUGAGUUUCAUGGGGUGGAUUUUCUGGCAGAAGAUCUCAACGUGGCUCCGGAGGAGACAGGAAUGAGGGUGAACAAGAAAUACUCCCGUCCACCCACUGAGGAGAAGGGGAUCCACAUUAUCAACAUCCGAGCUAUUGAGGAUAUAGGAUAUGACCAGCAUGAGAGUACAUUGUUAAAUUCCCUAUCCAAAAAUCCAGAUGCUGACUGCAAAUAUGGACUUUACUUCAGAGAUGGCAAGAGGAAAGUAGACUACAUCUUAGUCUAUCAAUACAAGAAGUCCUCGACAGGGAGGACACUCACCAAGAGAGUUCAUCAUAAUGAUUCAAGUGUCCGAAGCACCAAGCAGGACCAGCCACUUCCCGGGAAAGGAGUCCAGCUGGAAAUGGGGGAAUGUGAGCCUCACGUGGAUUACCACGAAGAUGACAAGAGGUUUCGCAGGGAGGAAUAUGAAGGGAACCUGGUAGAGGCUGGUCUGGAACUGGAACGCGAUGAGGAUACUAAAAUCCAUGGGGUUGGAUUUGUAAAAAUACACGCACCGUGGAACGUGUUAUGUCGAGAGGCAGAAUUUCUUAAGCUCAAGAUGCCCACAAAAAAGAUGUAUCAGAUCAAUCAGACCCAUGGUCUUCUGAAAAAGAUUAACUCUGUCAUCCAAAAGAUAACAGAGCCCAUCCAGCCAAAAGUGGCAGAGCACAAACCUCAGACGGUGAAGCGCCUCUCCUACCCCUUCUCCAGAGAGAAACAACACCUAUUUGAUUUGUCUGACAGAGAUUCCUUCUUUGACAGCAAAACAAGAAGCACUAUAGUUUAUGAAAUAUUGAAAAGAACAACAUGUACCAAAGCAAAGUACAGCAUGGGGAAAGGAGAGGGAAGAAAGAAGGAAACUACCCUUUUAAAUAAAAGACGAAAAUGUGGUAAAUAUGGGAUCACCAGUCUGCUUGCCAAUGGAGUUUACAGUGCUGCAUAUCCUUUGCAUGACGGUGACUAUGAAGGGGAAAACGUUGAACCUAAUGACAGAAAACUCCUGUGUGAGGAGUGGGCAAGCUACGGAGUCUUCUACAAAUACCAGCCCAUCGACCUGGUGAGAAAAUACUUUGGAGAGAAGAUUGGACUGUAUUUUGCCUGGCUGGGAGUUUAUACACAAAUGCUUAUUCCAGCUUCAAUUGUCGGGAUUAUCGUUUUCCUAUAUGGCUGUGCAACUGUGGAUGAGAACAUACCAAGUAUGGAAAUGUGUGACCAGAGAAACAACAUCACCAUGUGUCCCUUAUGUGACAGAACGUGCAGUUACUGGAAGAUGAGCUCUGCUUGUGCAACUGCUCGAGCCAGUCAUCUCUUUGAUAACCCUGCAACUGUCUUCUUCUCAGUCUUCAUGGCUCUCUGGGCUGCCACCUUUAUGGAGCACUGGAAGAGAAAACAGAUGCGUCUCAACUACAGGUGGGACCUGACUGGGUUUGAAGAGGAGGAGGAUCAUCCAAGAGCUGAAUAUGAAGCUAAAGUUUUAAAAAAAUCACUGAGAAAAGAACACAAACAUAAAGAGAAGCGUCGGUAUUUUCCAGAAGAGACAGCAAACCAAUGGAGACAAAGAGUUAAGACAGUCGUGGCUGGGACAGACAAAGAGAAACUGACGUGGAAGGAUCGUUUUCCAGCCUAUUUAACCAAUUUUGUUGGCAUUAUCUUCAUGGUUGGGCUGACGUUUGCUAUCGUGUUCGGAGUCAUCAUCUACAGGAUCUCAACUGCAGCAGCACUGGCCAUCAGCUCAACUCCCUCGGGCCGCUCAAGCGUCAGGGUCACUGUCACUGCCACUGCUGUCAUUAUCAAUUUGGUUGUCAUCAUCAUCCUGGAUGAAGUCUAUGGCUGCAUUGCAAGGUGGCUGACUCAGAUCGAGGUGCCAAAAACUGACAAGAACUUUGAAGAGAGGCUGAUUUUUAAGGCUUUCCUGCUGAAGUUUGUCAAUGCCUACACACCCAUUUUCUACGUUGCCUUCUUCAAAGGCCGAUUUGUUGGACGUCCAGGAGACUACGUCUACAUUUUCCAUUCUUUCCGAAUGGAAGAGUGUGCUCCAGGUGGUUGCCUGAUGGAGUUGUGCAUCCAGCUGAGUAUUAUCAUGUUGGGCAAGCAGCUGAUCCAGAACAAUUUAUUUGAGAUUGGCAUCCCGAAAAUGAAGAAAUUUAUACGCUACUUGAAAUUAAAGCGUCGACGAUCUUUAGACCAUGAAGAGCACCUGAAGAAAAAGCAGCGUUAUGAAGUGGACUAUAACCUGGAGCCUUUUGCUGGACUUACCCCUGAAUAUAUGGAAAUGAUCAUUCAGUUUGGGUUUGUAACUUUGUUCGUCGCGUCCUUCCCGCUGGCGCCUUUGUUUGCUUUGUUGAACAACAUCAUUGAAAUCCGUCUGGAUGCAAAGAAAUUUGUUACUGAGCUGAGGAGACCAGUAGCAGUCAGAGCAAAGGAUAUAGGAAUCUGGUAUAAUAUCCUCAGAGGUAUUGGAAAACUUGCUGUCAUCAUAAAUGCAUUUGUGAUCUCAUUCACAUCCGACUUCAUUCCACGCCUCGUGUACCUGUACAUGUACAGUGAGAAUGGCACCAUGCAUGGCUUCGUCAACCAUACCCUGUCCUCUUUUAAUGUCAGCGAUUUUCAAGCAGGAACAGCUCCAAACGACCCCAUGGAUCUUGGCUACGAGGUUCAGAUAUGCAGAUACAAAGAUUAUCGAGAACCCCCCUGGUCUGAAAACAAAUAUGACAUUUCAAAGGAUUUCUGGGCUGUCCUAGCAGCAAGAUUAGCAUUUGUGAUAGUUUUCCAGAACUUGGUCAUGUUUAUGAGUGACUUUGUUGACUGGAUUAUCCCAGACAUUCCCAAGGACAUUAGUCAGCAGAUUCAUAAAGAGAAAGUUCUCAUGGUGGAGGUCUUCAUGAGAGAAGAGCAAGGGAAGCUGCAAAUGCUGGAAACCUGGAAAGACAAGGACAAGAAAAAAGGUGAAAACUGUAACAAUCACAGCCCCAGACUCUCCAGGAGCCGCAGUGGGAGCUUGUCCUCCUGCCAUUCCUAUCCUCUUGAUGUAUAGAUGAGGAAGGAGCUGAGGACAUCAGGGCAUUCCACUGACACACAAGCCACGGCGUCAAGGGCAGGACUCGAUGAAUGGACAACCUGGUGCAUGUUGAAGGAUGUGCUGCCAUUUUGCUCCCAUCUUUGUGAGAAAUGCUCUUCUUGCAAACAUGGAGGACCACGUUCUAGUUCUGAUAAUGUUGGGUUUUUUUCUUUUGCACAAGCAGCAAUGCAGGGAAUUUUUGUAUUUCAUCGAUAGAGAACACGAUUGACAUGGGCGUCCAUUCAGAAAUGCAGGUACUUAGUAGGUCUUGAUAGAGAUAUUCUCUGAGCAUUUGACCUUUUAGCCUAUUCAUUAACUAUGUAAAGGUAAAUUCUAAGGAAUAAUAAUACUACUAAGUUGAAGUGUUUUCGGAACCCCAGGCUUUGAAGGUCCUUGGGAUAACUCCGUCGAGUCCAUGCAAAAUCAGCUUUAGCGUGUGCUCGAGUAUUCCUGUAGGCAGGAGAGAAACCACCCGAGCCUACCUGACUGAUGGGCUUCCCAAGGUGUCAACCUGCAGGUCUGGCACAAGCAGAGCUCCUGCUCAGCUGGAGAGUCCACCAGGUGUGUGGGACACUAGCGGCCAUCUGCUGUGUACCCCAGACCUUCCCCAAGGCACUGCUCUCUUCAGAAACAUCAGGCUAGUCCAUCAGGAAAAGUUUGUGUGCUUUUAUUUUUUAAAUCAAAUAACAACUGAUGUGGAUGAAGCUACCUCAGUGCCCCAGGCUGCAUCAGCCAUGUUUGAGCAGUCCUUCAGCCAGCAGCUCAUGGCCAAGCAACAGCAGCACAAUUUGGGAGCUCCUCUCAGCAAGUAGAUGAUCACAGAACAUUUUGCUCAGUGCCCUGAAUUAAGGAGCUCACCUAGAGCCACAGUGACUCACCCUGCCCAACCUCCUACUUGGGCCUCCUUGUGGCUGAGGAAAUGCCCUUUUAUCCCCCCAGGUGUGGCACAUCCCCAUCUCAGCUGGCUGUUUCUCUGUAGCCCUCUGUCCUCUGCAGGAGGAAGGAGCCUGCUCCCCAUGGCUCCUGCAGACUUUGCUGCUCAGUGGUGUUUCCCAGAGGCUGUGCCAGAGGAGCAAAUCCACAGCGUGUCCCACUUAAUGGAAGUUUUGCCUGCACUGGGGCUACAGGACCAGACCUUCAGUUAGUUACAGGACUCUUCUUUUGUCUUAAAACACUCUGCCUUUUGUGCAAGGAGCUUCCUUAAAGUGUAAGUCUAAAAUCCUCACUUAAGAUGCCUGAAUCCAUCAGUACAGAUCUUUUUUUUAAGCGUAGUCCAUUUGAGUUUUUGCUUUGUCAAAUGAUAAACUGCACUUCCAAAUAAUAUUGGUGCAAUUAACCUCAUUUCUUUUCUUGCUCUGUCUUGUCCAUGGCACUUGCAUUGCAAACAUAAAACUGAAACAGAAAAUAAAAAGGAAAAGAUUUCUUUAAAGUCUAACUACUGUAUGGUUUGUUACAAAACCAAACGUCAAAAGGCUGUUUUCAAAAGAAGUUGGUUUUUUCUUUUUUUCCUCUUCUUUUUUCUUUGCCAAACUAAUUUAAAGAUUAAUGCUAGAACUUAAAAAAAAAAAAGAAAAAAAAAAGAAAAGAAAAUACCAUAUUUAGCUUUUGAUAUAUUUAUUUGUUUUAAAGUAUGUGAUAUUGAUAUUUUUCUGUAGUCUGUCCAGAGAAAGUACCAGAAAAGAAAUUAUGUGGAAGAAAAUGGUAUUAACCAAAUAUUCUUGAAGCUUAUUUAAAAUAUUGAUCCAACCAAAGAUUUUUAUUAAUAAAGGGCUUAUAUUUUGUUAACUCUUGUUUCUGUUGUAUUUUGACUUGCAGGAAUGUCACUAUUUUAAAUUUUUUUAACUUAGGAUAGCUUACUACUGUACGGCCAAAUCCUGCUGGAUUUAUUCCCACAGAAAGCACUAUGCCUGGUAGGAAAUGUUUACCAGCUCAGGCCCACUGACUGCAAAAGGACUGUGAGUGGGAAUAAAUGCAGCAGAAUUCCACACAGAGAUCUUGCAGAAAAAGUGUUCUUCCUCUCAUUCCUUGGUAGCCCAAAAGGUCCAGAAGGAAGCCAAACAUGAACUACCUAUUCUGAAGAGAAAUCUUAGGGGAGCAUCCUUGAAGGGGAUUUCAACUGUAAAUACUUACCUGACAGAAUUCCCAACUUAAUACUGACAUUCCUGUAAAAUGGUAGAACUAUAUCCUGAACAAAUACUUACCAGACUUUUUCAUUAUUUGCUGAAAUCAUGGAAUAGUAACAGUUGCUUCUACUUUCUUUUGUACAGUAAAUUGUUUGAAAUGGAAUUUUGUAUAUAUAUAUAUAAAAAAAACAACCUGUAUUACUACUUAGAUAACUAUAAAACUCUUUCAUGGAAUCAUUUUUUAAGAAAAGCAAAUAUAUACUAAAUCUGGUUUA